CUCUGUGUCACAAGAGUGGAUGAUGAACACAACCAUCCUAUAUCUCAUCUGCUUUUUCACAAAUACCCAAAAAAUAGGCGCCCAAAUGCAGAAGAAAGAGCUGAAAUUGAAACGCUUGUAUGGUUGAAGCCAAGAGACCUCGUUGUGAUGACCUCCCUCCCAGACCCACACCCAAGGUGGAUGCUUUGCUUCCUUUCCUUGUGCCCACUGAAUCUACAGAGAUACCAUCACCUUCUGCUGGCUUUAGUGCUGGAGGAUUCACUCUAUACGAAGAUGACCUCAAGACCCUCCAACCAGGAGCAUGGCUCAAUAAUAACAUAAUACAUGCUUAUCUUGGAGUCCUGGCACAAGAAUCCACCAAGCAAGUGUAUGUUAUUCAGUGUGCCAUUGUGAAUUUUUGGAACAAGUCUGAGUACACCGUCUGGGAUUACAACAAGGUGCCGUUUGAGGAGUAUAACUGGAUUUUCCUGCCAGUGUGCACACAUGGUCCCGGGUUCCUUGUUGCUGCAAACGUGGAAUCGCGACAACAGGUCUUCAUCAUGGACUCUCUGCCAAGUCUUGCAAAAGAGCGGCAGUUCUUCUUGCACUGGAGAAACUUCAUGAAGGAGAGAAGUGCUUCAACAGGCGAGUGUCUGAAUGGAUGGACCCUACAGAAAGUCCCAGUUGCCAAACAGCAGGAUGGCUCGAGCUGCGGCCUUUUUAAUGCUGAAGCCCUGCUCAAAGAUGCAGAUCCUGCCAUGGUCCAGCAGGAGCAGAUGAAGAGCCUCAGGGGGUACAUCCAAAAUCGACUGAUUGGGGCACAAUUACAGAACUAA